AACGUUCUCUAGAGCCACCCAACGAGGUUACGUACAACGUUAAAUACAGUACCCUGUCUGCCUCUGCACUGUGUCCGCUCCGACUUCUGCAAAAGAAACCCAACUUUCCUUUCUCAUUCUCCGACUGCAAACUCUGCUGCAGGAAAUUUGUCGAGCGAAAUAGCCAACAGAACAAAGAAAAUCUGAGAAAAGAGAGUUUGAGUUCUGGGUUAGACACUGUUGGAGAUGGGUUAUGUGAAUUGGCAGAGGCAUGUAUGGAUUUUCUUAGGGCUGAUAGCAUUCUUUGGUAUGCCGAUGUGCCGCGGAACCACGGACCCUCGAGAUGUGUUUGCUAUAAAUAGUUUAUAUGCUGCUCUGGGCUUCCCAAUUCUUCCUGGGUGGGUUCCAAUUGGAGGCGAUCCUUGUGCAGAACAUUGGCAAGGUGUACAGUGUGUUAAUGCCAACAUAACUGGAAUAGUCCUCAGCGGCGCAAAUUUGGGGGGUGAGCUUGGUGAUGGCUUGCAAGACUUCACUUCUGUCAUACAAAUGGAUCUGAGCAACAACCAUAUUGGGGGUAGUAUUCCUUCCAAUUUACCGCCCACUGUUAGAAGCUUUUUUCUUUCGGGUAACCAGUUCACUGGAAGCAUCCCAAAUACUUUAUCAUCAUUAGGUCAACUAGCAGACUUGUCGCUUAAUGAUAACCGCUUGACUGGAAAUAUUCCAGAUGCCUUUCAGCCACUUGUGGGUUUGGUAAACUUGGAUCUGUCAGGUAACAAUUUGAGUGGUCAGCUGCCUCCUUCCCUGGGGAACUUGUCAUCUCUUACUACACUGCACUUGCAAAACAAUCAGCUAACUGGGGUCCUCAAUGUUUUACAAGAUCUUCCCUUAAAUGAUUUGGACAUUGAAAAUAACUCGUUCUCUGGGCCUAUCCCUGCAAAUUUGCUGAACAUUCCAAAUUUCAGGAGAGCAGGAAAUCCCUUCAACACUACUGUUAUCCCUUCCCCCCCUGCCUUUGCUCCUUCACCAUCUCCAUCCAGGGCUCCAUCUCCUGAAUUAACUACGGGACAACGGGCAUUUGCACCCACUGUGCCAAUAAUAAUAUCAGAUUCUGGACCAGGAGGAAAGUUUUUGACGACUAAAAGGGUCACUUGGAUUGCUAUUGCAGGGGUUUUAACGUUUAUAGUGGUUGCCUUAGGGUUGUGUCUUUAUAUGUCUAGAUGCUGCAAAGGAAGUCAACCAAGUAGCAAAAUUACCAAGAGGCAUGAAAUGAGUGAAUAUAACGACCUUGAAAAGAAGCCUAAGAACAGUGAACCUUUCCCAAAAUUGUAUAGCCCUUUAGAAAAAGGUUAUAAAGAGGCAGAUUUGAGGCCAGCACUUAGACAUGGAAAUGAUCAUGAAACAAACAGUUUUAGGUUAAAGCCAGUCGCUGAACGGACAGAUUUUAAGACAACGGUCACUAUUCCAGAGCGCAAGGAGGAUCAUAGGAUUGACAUGACAGAACUGGAUGUUGAUUUUCUGACACCACCCCCGCCUCCUCCGUUUCUUCAAGUUGAUGAGGAUACUGCAGAUCCAAUUCUUUCCUCACUAACCAUGACCAGACCACCUAACAGAUCAGUAAGGACAUUCACCAUUUCAUCACUUCAAGAAUAUACAAAUAGCUUUUCUCAGGAAAAUCUUAUUGGAGAAGGCAUGCUGGGCACUGUCUAUAGGGCUGAGCUUCCUAGUGGGAAGAUAUUAGCAGUCAAGAAACUCAAUGCUGCAGCUUGCAGAAAGCAGAGCAAUGAAGAUUUUCUUGAGCUAGUACUUAGUGUUUCCAAGCUUCACCACCCCAAUGUAGUUGCGCUCCUGGGUUUCUGUGCUGAGCAUGGGGAGAAGUUACUUGUGUAUGAGUACUGUGGAAAUGGAACACUUUAUGAUGCACUACACACGGAUGAUGAAACCCAUAAGAAACUAUCAUGGAACAUGCGCAUCCGCUUGGCUCUUGGAGCUGCAAGAGCCCUGGAGUAUUUGCAUGAAGUUUGUCAACCUACAAUUGUCCAUAAAAAUUUCAAGUCUGCCAAUAUCCUUCUUGAUGAUGAGCUUGGAGUACGUGUCUCAGAUGGUGGUUUGGCUCCUCUAGCGCCAUCCAUUUCCGCAAGCCAGUUGUCAGGUUAUGGUUAUGGUGCCCCAGAGCUUGAGUUGGGAAGUUAUACUAGCCAGAGUGACGUCUACAGUUUUGGAGUUGUUAUGUUGGAGCUCCUCACAGGGAAAACAUCUUAUGAUAGGUUGCGGCCCCGAGGGGAGCAAUUUCUGGUAAGAUGGGCAGUUCCUCGGCUUCAUGAUAUAGAUGCCCUAUCAAGGAUGGUUGAUCCUUCUCUAAAUGGAGCAUAUUCUACUAAGGCUUUGUCCCGCUUUGCAGAUAUAAUCUCCUUAUGCCUUCAGCCUGAGCCUGAAUUUAGGCCACCCAUGUCUGAGAUCGUCGAGAACCUUUUACUCAUGAUCUAAUGAAAUCCCCGAACAAGCGACUGCACUGGGAACGAACGAACUACCCAACAUGAGCACACUACAAACCAUAUGGUAAUGUCCUGAGACAGUUCGUAAGAAUCUCCUGUGAAUGUUUCUGAUAUGGAAGCUGAUUUUCGACUUGCUGGGCUCUGGGAACUAAACACUUGUUUGAAUAGAGAGGCUGCAGGUACAACACUUGCCCCUGUAAAUUCUUCUCAGGCACCUGUUAUUCUCUGAGCCCUGGAUCUGGCUGGACUGUGUUUGCUCAUUAAGUCUCUGCUGUGCUUGUUAUAGUGUGUGCUCACCCAAACAUUUGCUUGAUUCUUUCUUUAUGUGAUUUAUUCUUUCUGGUGUAAGUAAAUAUUUGUGGUGUCCCCAAAUGUGUAACUUUUAUGUGUUUGAUUUCUUUGUGCCUUUGUGUUUCGUAAUUGUCGCAAGGAAUGAACAAAUUUGUAUUCAUGAACCUUCCCUACUCUAAUUCUGUGACUUUUAUAUGGUA